AUGACCGAUUCCGUUAAAGAUAUUUCAACGGAACAGCAGCUUGCUGAGCCUCCAAAAAAACGUCGAGUCUUAAAGACACACCAUCUUAAAUUUCAAGAUCCUGAUGAUGAAGUAAUCACCACGGAGAGUCUUAAAGAUAUUCUGGACAUUUCCAAAUUAUCUCAACAAUCGGACGAUCCUACUGAAAACUUGAGACAUGAUGAGACAUCACAGAUCGAAUCAAACAACAAGGGCAAACAAUCACAAGAAGGACCGCCACCUUCUGAGCAUGAACCUACUUCAACGCUUAACAUCAAAAACUUUGUUCGUCCGUUAACAUUAACCGCUGUACGCACACUUUUGGAACAAUUUGGUACAAUAGAGUAUUUCUGGAUGAAUAAGAUUAAAUCUCGUUGUUAUGUGAAGUAUGAAACAGUUGAUUCUGCAGUUAAAGCUCGAAACGAAAUGUGGAAUGUCAAAUGGCCACCAGAGACUGGAAGACCAUUAAUUCUUGACUUUAUAGAAUACGAACAGGCUCUCGAAUCUAUUCGGAGUGAAGAAUCCAGUGAGAGUACAGAUCGAUCUCAGGCUAUAAAAUCAAAUUCUAAUGGAAAUCCAAUCCUCUCAGCAGAGCGUCUCACAUCUAUCAUUGGACAAAUUAUUCAGCAAGACGACUACCACCCCCGUUCUAUACUUCAAACUGGUGCCGCGUGA